AUGGCAGCCGUGCGAGAAGAUUCGAUACCACAUAUACUGCGGACAGCACAUGAACAGCGAGCUGCAGGGGUAUGGAACGCUACAGUGAGCAAAGUUGAUCAGGUGAAUACUACCAUCAGACUGAUACGUCUUGGUCUGGUCGGUACACGACCCGCCCGCUCCCCACUCCCAGGCCAAUACGUCGACCUCUACAUCCCAAACAUCUCCACCGUGGGCGGCUUCACAAUCACCUCAGCACCCUUCACGACACGGCAACCCACAGACCCGUACAUUGAGCUCGCAAUCCAAAAGUCACCCAACAACCCACCCGCUGCCUAUCUAUGGCAACCUACAGCCAGCAUCCUGGACAAGCCUGUGUCUUUUCGUGUUGGCGGCAACUUCAUCUAUCCACCCUCCACACUCAGCCAAGAGGAAUGUCGAUCCAUCGACCGCGCCGUCUUCGUGGCGGGCGGAGUAGGCAUCAAUCCGAUCAUCAGCAUGCUCCGUGCUAUGGACUCGGUCGGACCAGCAGCAACAGCUAGAUUAGGCGGCUUGCCCAGGCGAACUACGGUGCUGUACAGCAGCCGCAGGAACAGGUCCCCUGAUGACAAGAAGGAAGACGUGCUCUUCUACGACGAUCUGCUUGAUCUUGCAUCGAAGUGGAAGUCCAACGAUGAGGUAGACUACCGCUACACUUUCUUCGAGACGAGCCCCGGCGGCAGGGACGGCGAAGGAAAAGAGAAAAAUGUACAGUACAGGAAUCGAAGGAUUUCACAUGAGGAUCUCCUAGAGGCGCUGGGUCCAGAGGACGACCGAGCAAACACGGUAGUAUAUGUCUGUGGACUGCCGGCAAUGACGGACGAGUUCGUGGAGGUGUUGAGCAAAGCGAAGGGAAUGGAGAAGCGCAGGGUGUUGUCUGAGAAGUGGUGGUGA